AUGAAGGCCGCUCUGUUCAUCUUCUCUACCCUCCUUGCCGGUGCCCUGGCGCAAGAGGCUCCGGCGCAGGAUCCUGCUGAUUCUGCUCCCGAUGUUGUGGUCGGUGCGGCUCCCGAGCCCGCCCCCACCGAGGCGGCCCACACCGAGGGUGAGGCUGAGCACACCGACGAGGCCGGGACCGGCGUCCUUCCCCUCUCCUACCGGACCUCGGGCGCCGAGAACGAGGACGAAGAUGAGGCCCCGGAGACGACCAAGACUCGUCGGGUGUCCACUACAACCCGGGACUCGGAUGACGUCGCUGUCAAGACCGACGUUCCCGGAUCUGCCGGUAGGGUUGCUAUGGGCGCGCUUCUUCCUAUUGCUGGUGCCGUCGCCGCUUUUGCGUUGUAA